CGGUUCAGUACAUAUCUACCUGAUAUCAAGGUGGCGGUGUUUUAUGGUGGAGUCAACGUUAAGAUUCACAAAGACUUACUGAAGAAUGAAUGUCCUCAUAUUGUUGUUGGCACACCCGGUCGAGUGCUUGCACUUGCCAGGGAUAAGGAUCUUUCCUUAAAGAAUGUGAGGCAUUUUAUACUCGAUGAGUGCGAUAAAAUGCUCGAGUCACUCGACAUGCGAAGGGAUGUGCAGGAGAUUUUUAAAAUGACUCCUCAUGAUAAACAAGUAAUGAUGUUCUCUGCAACCCUCAGCAAAGAGAUACGCCCAGUCUGCAAGAAAUUUAUGCAAGAUCCAAUGGAAAUAUAUGUUGAUGAUGAAGCCAAGUUGACUCUUCACGGGCUUGUACAGCACUACAUCAAACUAAGCGAUAUGGAGAAAAACCGAAAGUUAAACGACCUUCUUGAUGCCUUGGACUUCAAUCAAGUUGUCAUCUUUGUGAAAAGUGUCAGUAGAGCUGCCGAGCUGAACAAGUUACUGGUUGAAUGCAAUUUCCCCUCUAUAUGCAUUCAUUCUGGCAUGUCCCAAGAAGAGAGAUUGACUCGUUACAAGGGAUUCAAAGAAGGGCACAAGAGAAUUCUUGUGGCUACUGACUUGGUUGGGAGAGGAAUUGACAUCGAGCGUGUGAACAUCGUCAUCAACUAUGAUAUGCCUGAUUCUGCUGAUACUUAUCUCCACAGGGUCGGUAGAGCUGGAAGGUUUGGUACCAAGGGUCUCGCCAUCACAUUUGUUUCAUCCGCUGCCGAUUCAGAUGUCCUUAACCAGCUUUAUGAGCGGUUUGAGGUUGACAUAAAGGAACUUCCCGAGCAGAUCGAUACGUCUACCUACAUGCCGUCGUGAAAUCUUUUCCGUUAGGAGGCUCUGAGGGUGAAGGGUCGGAGUGAGGUUCGUUCUGUGCGCGUUUGUGCUGUUGUUUUUGUACCCUUUUAAUGUGAUUUUAGACCAUUUUGUAGCAUUCUCUCUGUUCGAAUUUCUCAGGUCGCGGGGUUGUUUUAGAAGUAAUUUGUUUCACUGCACCACAUUCCAUGUGAAACUGGUUUUACCCCCAUGGAUGAUGAGUUAUUUUUUUUUAGGGUUUAGGAAUAUGAAUCCUGAGGCGAAGGUAGGUUUCUGAA